CUUGAAAAUCUAGAGGAAUGUAAGAAUGUUAAAAGUAUUUAGAUUUAGUAAACUCACUUUGAACAUUGUUCUCUCAUUGAUGCAAGGAAGAGAUCACUUUGUUGUACAAACUUUGAACAUGAACAUGAACAUGAACUUUGAACAUGAACGUGGACAUUUAGAAUUUAGAAUAUUUUGGUUCUAAUACUUCUGUAUAAGUUUUUUGUUCUUUGACAAGAUAAAAUGGAGAAAAGAGUAGUUUCAUUUCUAGUUAUUCUCAUCAGCACUAGUUCCUUUAGUCAGCUAACUAGCACAGAAGAAGAUGAAGAUCAGAUGGUUGAUAUAGCAGAUAUUGAUGAAUUUGAAGAAUAUUUGACAUCUACAUUCUCCCCAGCCUCCUCACCUCCUACAACUACACAAGAAGUAAAGCAUUGUAAACUGCCUGGAGUAGCUAUUAAUGGAAGUAGUUUACAAAAUCAAGAACUUUUCUCACAUAUCACUUCAGUUGUAUUUAAGGUUGAUUCAGGGGGGACAACUCGACUCUGUCGCCUGGAAUGCAGUGCUGGUGUAUGGAAAGGACCCCUAUGUGAAGGAGAAGAGUAUAAAUAUGGUUGUACAAUCAACUAUGUCAGUUCUGGUGUUGAGGUUUACAGUGGACAUAAACGGCUGAUUAUAGACCAUCAGCAGACCUUUCAACAUGGUGCUAUUCUGAGCUACAGGUGUCAGGAUGCGAAGCAACAUCUAGAUGGGAGCAGUGAGAGUACUUGUUUAGACAGCUCAUGGACCUCUAGACCUCCAGUCUGUGAGGAUACAUCAACUAUGGAGGAAUAUUCAGAAGGGAGAUCUCCCAGCAUUGAUUGGUCUACAGGAAGCAUGAAGUAUAGUAGAGGAAGGCAGGGUGAGCUGAUAAUAUAUCCAGGAACCAUCCUUCACCUAGACUGCUUAUUUGAUAGACGUAGAGGAACCCCACAAUGGAGUUGGUCACACAAUUACAGGGACUACCCUACUGGAUGGUUGGCAUCAGCUGAAUACAGAAACUGGAAGUUUAGGAUCAGUAUUGUCUACGCUAAAGAACAGGAUUCUGGAACAUUCAACUGCACCACACCACGUGGUCUUCAGAACAGUAUCAGGGUCGUAGUUACGUCACAGCUGUGCCCUGUUCUGGCUCAACAAGAAUAUCACAGGUUGAGUUCUUUGGAUCGAUAUAUUGGAGUAAUUGUAAAUGUAAACUGUCCUACAGGAUUCCAUACCCUUGGUAGUCCUACCCUCACCUGUAGAGAUGACGGAAGUUGGUCUGAUCCCCUUCCAUCCUGUGUUCCUGUUACUUGUUCUCCCUUAGAGAUUAGUUCACCACACCUUAGGGUGCUGAGAUUAAACAAUUCCUAUCUGGGAGAAGCAGAGUUUGAUUGUCCGUUCGGAUACAACCUGACAGGGGACAAGAUUAUCUGGUGUAACCAGGAGAGUAAGUGGUCUGCUGGACUACCCAGUUGCCAAGCUAUUGAAUGUGGAGCUCCAAUACCCCCUGAGAAUGGUCAGAUGAUAGGAUCUGGUAUACUCCACAGUGAGCAGAACAGGAGGGUUGGUUCCGGUAUUCUUCACAGUAGGCAGAACAGGAGGGACACAGAGGAGGGUUUAUACUAUGUUGGUUCUACAGUGCAAACUGUUUGCCACUCAGGAUUCGUUCUGAUUGGGGAGCCAAUUAUUAGGUGUACUCAGCUUGGGCUUUGGUCUGAUGCCACUCCUAUUUGUAAGAGAGCCUGCAGUUAUCCUGGUACUCCUCUACAGGGAGCUGUCUCACCACUCAAGUUCAUUUACUCUGUUGGAGAAAAGGUUUUAGUCUUGUGUGACAGAGGGUUUACAACACUAGGGGGGAACAUGAUAGAAUGCUUAUCUAGUGGAAGGUGGUCAGAAGAACUGCCCCGAUGUGAAUCAUAUCUGUAAUUUAGAAGAUUUCUUCUAAUUCUUCCAUUAUUAUUUCAUUGACACAUUUUUUUUUCAAUUUAAUUUCAAUAAUUCCAUAAUUGUCUAAUCAUACUUUAUUAUUUUUCUCUACAAGGAAGUUGCAGUAAUGUUACCUAACCAGAGUUCCCAAGACCAAUUUUGCCGAGAAAACAUCCAGAGCGUAGCAAAAUUGGUCGAGGGAAUCUGUGGACGUGGUUAAGUAAAAUUUUUAAUUUCCUGAAAUUUACGAUGAAACUUUGUUAUGGUCAACUUAUAAUAACUUGAUUGCGCACAAACUUUUUCUUAUAAAACGAAACUUUUUAAUGUGACUUUUUAACAGGAGUGUGUAUUGUGUAUACCAAACCAUGGUGUAAACAGUAUAUAACUUGUUAAAGGGUAACUAUACACGAAACUCUUUGAACAUAUGCACAAGCAAUUGUUCUUUUCUACCACGUUUUCAUUUAUUUAACCUUUUAAUUUUCUAAAUGUGCAAUUCUUAAAAUCUAAAAAUAUCGAAAAAAUACACACACUUGAGAACAAACAAAGUUAAGAUUGGUGUAUUAAGCAAACAAUUAUAUAAGUUUAAAUCAAGACUGUUGCCAUUCAUGGUUUAUUGGUUUACUAACUGGUGAUUGGACAAUGAACUUUAUAUAAUGUACUUUGUACAUAAUUUUUCAAAACAACAAAUUAUACAAUUAUAUAUUAUAUGACCGGAUAGUCCAAGCUUCCAAGGGUGCAAAGCACCACAAAUAAUGGUUGAAAACCAGAAAAGUGAUUACUUACUGCAGGAUUUAAACAUAUCAAAAAUAUUUGAUUCUAUUAAUUUCAAGAUUGUAUUUACAAUAAAUAAAGAUAAAUGUCACUAUAA